GACGUGUGACACCAGCUUCGAGUCGGCAUGUAAACAGUGUAGCACAAUAUGGACAUGGCCUGUGUUCAGCGGUAACCUGUCAGGUCACAGUAAAGCGUCGUAUUUAAUUUUCAUUAAUAGUAACCAUGAAGCUGACCCGAAUGUUGCACAGUGCCGGGAGGUUUCGGCCGGUCUUUGACUUCGGUGAACGCGAGGUGGCGCACUGGUUCCCCGGUCACAUGGCUAAAGGACUCAAGCAGAUGAGAGCGAGCGUGAGGAAAGUGGACUGCAUCCUAGAAAUCCACGAUGCCAGAAUCCCCUUCUCCGGGAGAAACCCGCAGUUUCAGGAGACUCUCGAUGUCAGACCACACCUGCUCAUUCUCAACAAGAUGGACCUGGCAGACAUGUCGGGCAAACAGAGAAUCCUGAAGCAGCUAGAAAAAGACGGGGUAAGGAACGUCCUGUUCACAGACAGUCUCAGGCAGAGCGAUGACAACAUCAAAAAGUUGGUGCCGAUGGUGACGGAGCUGAUUGAGAGCAGACCACGCUUUAAUAGAGAUGAGAAUACAAAUUAUUGCCUGAUGGUGAUUGGAGUGCCAAAUGUGGGGAAGUCUUCUCUUAUCAACUCAUUAAGAAGAACUAAUUUGAAAAAAGGUCGUGCGUCUCGGGUGGGUGGGGAGCCAGGUAUAACCAGAGCAGUGCUAACCAAAAUUCAGGUUUGUGAGAGACCCAUAAUGCACCUGUUGGAUACACCAGGAGUCCUGCCUCCUAAGAUUGAAAGUGUUGAAACUGGCAUGAAGCUGGCUUUAUGUGGAACUAUACUGGACCAUUUAGUAGGUGAAGACAUUAUCGCCGAUUACUUACUCUAUUCUCUAAACAGACUAGAGAAGUUCAGUUAUGUUGAGAGAUAUAACCUCGAAGAGCCCAGCGAUGACAUCCAGCACGUCCUGAAACGCAUCGCUGUAAAACUAGGAAAGACUCAACGGGUCAAAGCCAUCACUGGAGUGGGUAACAUAACCAUCACAGUCCCAAACUACACAGCAGCAGCUUAUGAUUUCAUAAGAGCCUUCAGGAAAGGGGAGCUCGGACGAGUUAUGCUGGACUGAACUGAGCCAGUUCUGACAAGGAUGACCAAAAACUAUUUGGGGAUUUUGCCGAUUUGCCCUCAUCCUGGAAGCACUUACAAAAAGGAUCUGAAGACUGUCUCGGACACUGAGGGAACGUAACUGGUCUAAAUCCCAAUGACUUUAACAUUUCGGGGAUGUGUUUCUGUGUCUUCUGGUCCUGGCUGACUCGAACCGGCACCAGAGUACUCUGUCUUUUCUAAAUAAACAUCUUCAAUUUGAAUCGGG